AUGUCCCGAAUAUCGGUCCCUACCACAGCGCCUCUGCCCUCCUCUCUACGCGUCAACCCCUCCAGCACAACAGUCACCAAAAUUCUUAGCCGGCUCUCACGCGCUUCUCUCAUCUCUGUUGCCUUGGACUGGCUAGACGAGGACAACCUAUCUCUAGCCACCCCCUACCUCCGUCCAGACCAGGACGACGAUGAAGAAGAAGAUGACGGCGACUUCUACCCCCCUGCCUCAUCCCCGGAGGAGCUCCGGGAAGAGUACCUCUCCCUCCAGAAUCGUAAAGGCUCCAAAAGAGAUGUUCUAGACAGAAUCACCACAGGCGACUGGCGGCACGGGGUAUCGCUCUACCAGCUCGCCAUCGCAGACCUGCAAUACCUCUACGACCACCCAACCUCCCACAAAUGGUCAGCCUAUAACAUAGUCCCGCUGAAAGCACCAACAGAGGACGACGACGGCGAGGUGCAGCCGCUGGAAGCCGACAAAACAUCACUAACCAUACCAAGGUUUCACCCUUCGUUGUUUCUCAAAUCGCUCCAGGCUCAUAUCCUGCCUGAUAUCAAAGCACACUACAACCUCGACCGUCACAAGACGCUUCCCUUGCUGAUACUGAGGAUCUUUGUCAUCGACUCCCCCUACAACACCUCUUUGUCCCUAUUCUCCAAUGGCAACAUGGACACUGGCUCCAAGACGAUACUCAUCGCCUUCCCGGAUGGCUCACCAAAUAUUUUCAUUUCUAAACCCACCUCUACCGGCCCGACAGGGGCGUCAGAAUCGAAAUCGCUUAGGGCGCUGCUGGUGGAGGGGAUACCAAAGGCGCUGUCACUACCGAGGCAGAGGGUCACGCUGCAGAGUACUUCUUUGACGACAAGAAAUCUAGAGGGGUUGCUCAAUCGAAGGGGCGCGACGAGAGGCAAUGCGGCAGGUGGUGGGUGGAGUAUCUAUGCGGAUGAGAAGGUCAAAGAGUCCCCGUUGAGUACUGUUUUGCCUAGCCCACCGUUGAGCGAUGCAACAGAGGAGGAAGAACAAGGAAAUGGUGAUAAGAAGAGGAGGGAGAGACCGACGGUGGAGGAGAGGGUGAAUAAACGGGCCAAGCUGGUCGCGCAAGCUCGGUUUGGGGAUACGGCACGGGUAGGAGAUGGGAAGGGGGUGGAGAGGGUGGAUUUGGUUAUGGAGGAUCCUUUCGAGAUUGGGGGUGAUGAUGCUGAUAGGAUGGAUAUUGAAGGGGCGGAUGACGGGGAGGAAGCAUUCAGGCCAAAUGUGAGGUUGACGUUUCAUGGCAACCAUGUCUUUGCGGGAAUACGACAGUUGGUUGAAUGCGGGGUCAUAGAUGGGGAAAAGAUGCCGGGGUGGAUGACGGGUGAGGAGGGUGUCACCGUAGGGGCUGUGAGAAAUGGCAGGAUAAGAGGGCAUAAGGGCUCUGGACUGUAG